AGCCCGAGCCGCGGGCGGGCGGGCGGCGAAGAUGGCAGAGGCGCCGGCCUCCCCGGCCCCGCUCUCUCCGCUCGAAGUGGAGCUGGACCCGGAGUUCGAGCCCCAGAGCCGGCCGCGCUCCUGUACGUGGCCCCUGCAGAGGCCAGAGCUCCAGGGGAGCCCGGCCAAGCCCUCGGGGGAGGCGGCCGCCGACUCCAUGAUCCCCGAGGAGGAGGACGAUGAAGACGACGAGGACGGUGGUGGUAGGGCCGGCUCGGCCAUGGCGAUCAGCGGCGGCGGGAGCGGCACGCUGGGCUCCGGGCUGCUCCUUGAGGAGUCGGCUCGGCUGCUGGCUCCCGGAGGGCAGGACCUCGGGUCCGGGCCAGCCCCCGCGGCGGGCGCGCUGAGCGGGGGGACGCAGACGCCGUUGCAGCCUCAGCAGUCACUGCCACCGCCGCAGCCGGGGACGGCGGGGGGUUCCGGGCAGCCGAGGAAAUGCUCGUCGCGGCGGAACGCCUGGGGGAACCUGUCCUACGCCGACCUGAUCACUCGCGCCAUCGAGAGCUCCCCGGACAAACGGCUCACUCUGUCCCAGAUCUACGAGUGGAUGGUGCGUUGCGUGCCCUACUUCAAGGAUAAGGGCGACAGCAACAGCUCUGCCGGCUGGAAGAACUCUAUCCGGCAUAACCUGUCGCUGCACAGCCGGUUCAUGCGGGUCCAGAACGAGGGGACGGGCAAGAGUUCUUGGUGGAUCAUCAACCCUGAUGGGGGCAAGAGCGGGAAGGCACCACGGCGGCGGGCUGUCUCCAUGGACAACAGCAACAAGUAUACCAAGAGCCGUGGCCGCGCAGCCAAGAAGAAGGCAGCCCUGCAGACAGCCCCUGAGUCAGCAGAUGACAGUCCCUCCCAGCUCUCCAAGUGGCCCGGCAGCCCCACGUCACGCAGCAGCGAUGAGCUGGAUGCAUGGACGGACUUCCGCUCACGCACCAAUUCCAAUGCCAGCACUGUCAGCGGCCGCCUGUCACCCAUCCUGGCAAGCACAGAGUUGGAUGACGUCCAGGAUGAUGAUGCCCCGCUCUCCCCCAUGCUCUAUAGCAGCUCAGCCAGCCUGUCACCCUCUGUAAGCAAGCCAUGCACCGUGGAGCUGCCACGGCUGACCGACAUGGCGGGCACCAUGAAUCUGAAUGAUGGGCUGGCUGACAACCUCAUGGAGGACCUGCUGGAUAACAUCACGCUCCCAUCCUCCCAGCCAUCGCCCCCUGGAGGGCUCAUGCAGCGGAGCUCUAGCUUCCCAUACACCACCAAGGGCUCCGGCCUGGGCUCUCCCACCAGCUCCUUUAACAGCACGGUGUUUGGACCCUCGUCUCUGAAUUCUCUGCGUCAGUCGCCCAUGCAGACCAUCCAAGAGAACAAGCCAGCUACCUUCUCUUCCAUGUCACACUAUGGCAACCAGACACUCCAGGACCUGCUCACUUCGGACUCACUCAGCCACAGUGAUGUCAUGAUGACCCAGUCGGACCCCUUGAUGUCUCAGGCCAGCACCGCUGUGUCCGCCCAGAACUCCCGCCGGAACGUGAUGCUUCGCAACGACCCAAUGAUGUCCUUUGCUGCCCAGCCUAACCAAGGGAGUUUGGUCAAUCAGAACUUGCUCCACCACCAGCACCAAACCCAGGGCGCUCUCGGUGGCAGCCGUGCCUUGUCGAAUUCCGUCAGCAACAUGGGCUUGAGCGACUCCAGCAGCCUUGGGUCAGCCAAACACCAGCAGCAGUCUGUCAGCCAGUCUAUGCAAACCCUCUCAGACUCUCUCUCAGGCUCCUCCUUGUACUCAACUAGUGCAAACCUUCCCGUCAUGGGCCAUGAGAAGUUCCCCAGUGACUUGGACCUGGACAUGUUCAAUGGGAGCUUGGAAUGUGACAUGGAGUCCAUUAUCCGUAGUGAACUCAUGGAUGCUGAUGGGUUGGAUUUUAACUUUGAUUCCCUCAUCUCCACACAGAACGUUGUUGGUUUGAACGUGGGGAACUUCACUGGUGCUAAGCAGGCCUCAUCUCAGAGCUGGGUGCCAGGCUGAAGGAUCACUGAGGAGAGGGGAAGUGGGCAAAGCAGACCCUCAAACUGACACAAGACCUACAGAGAAAACCCUUUGCCAAAUCUGCUCUCAGCAAGUGGACAGUGAUACCGUUUACAGCUUAACACCUUUGUGAAUCCUGCACCAUGUUCCUAACCCAGCAGAGACUGUUCACGGCCCCUUACCCUGGGUGAAGCACUUACCCCUGGAACCGAACUCUCUCUCUCAAGUAUGCAAAAUCUUCCUUGUAUGGGGUGAUGAGCCACCUGCCAGCGAAGGACAGCACCCACCGCCACCCACACUCAUCCAGAGCACACCGUGAGCCCCCAUGGGCAAUGCUGUGGUGUUUUAAUAUCUCGAUGGUUUAUGGGAUGUUCUAAGUGUUGUUUUUGUGUUUGUUUUCCUUUGACUUUCUGAGUUUUUCACAUGCAUUAACUGGCAGUAUUUUUAUGUUAAAAUGUUAAUCACUCUUCCCCUGGCAAAUUGAAAAACAGGAGGAAAAUGUUGUACCAGUUACCAUUCUGGCUGUGGGCGUCACAAGCAUUUGAGCCCGUGGAACUUCAUAAACUAACAAAUUACAUAAACUAGAGGGGGAUUUUCUUUUCUUCUUUUGUUUGGUAGAAAACUAUCCUUUUCUUGAAACCGAACAAUGGCACAACUGUUUGCCAUGAGCACCAGUCCAGAACUGAACCCUGCAUGGGCAGACCGAACGAAGCUCGGCAUCCGACCCAGUGAGUUUCAGGAAUGAGUCAGGGUGGUUGGGGGCCGAGCCCCCCACACCUGAUCUGCAGUUGCCAGAUCAGUAGGGCCUGUGGUCUGCUGUCAGUAUCCUCAGCUAAUGCAGUGAACAGUGAUGGUGUGUUGGUUAGAAAUUAGGAUCUUUUCAAAGAACAGAUCAGCUCAGCUGUCUACUCAUUGCCAAAUGCCACUAAAGGAUUUAGUUAUAAGGAAAAAAGACAAGAAAAAAAAGUAGUCCUGUUUUGCUUUGCAGAAGAAAUGAACUUAACAGGUGAGCAUUAAGCCUGCAGUGAGAAAUGUGUGAAAAGUACAAACCCGAGUCACUAUUCUAAAUACACACCCUUGAUUAUUUUCAGCUUUGCUGUGUAUGAUCUGAUGUUCUAGAUGUGUAUGAGUGAGAGGCAAUAGCAUACAAACUGAUUUUUUUUUAUAUAUAUAAGGUUAGAUCGUAAUUGUACAAGUGACACAAUGGAAGUACAAGAUAGGGAAGUUUUGACUUUUUCCCCCCACUUUCCUGCUUCCGUGGAUUUCAUUUUGUUCUGUUUUCAAGAAGUUAUGGUGCUGUCUAGGUGCUUUCUGUUUAACCUGGGAAGUGUGAUUAUCUUAGUUACCCUCUUUGGUAGACAGACUAGUUGGGAACACCUUUGGUACAUAUGAAACUGGUGUAACGAUGCUCUGAUUAGCACAGCGUAUACAUACUUCUCCAAAGUGAUAUAUGAAGACUUUUCUUUGCAUAAAAAGCAUUAGGCAUAUAAAUGUAUAAAUAUAUUUUAUCAUGUACAGUACAAAAAUGGAACAUCCUGCAUGGACGUUAGGAAUACAGGCUAGUAUCUCAGCACAGACCUCCCUGCAUGAGUCCUCGCAGACACUUGCACUGUGCAGUGGGCACCGACUCCCUUCCACCAACACAGACGUGCCACCUGACCCCCUGCACCCACCACCGGCCACCAGGGGCCCCCUUGUGCACCUUUUCUUUAUAAUUCCUCUGGGGGUGAUAUUGGUGGUGAUAACAGCUCCUAGCAUCAUGAAAGUUCCAUUUGGUAUUGUCACACGUCUCUCCCAUCUCGCUUGGGUUGUCCUGUUUGGGCAAUUGCCCUGUUGAUUUCACCCUGCCUUUUCCGGAAUCUGUAAAUUGUCGUGCAGUUGUGCUUAUGGUAGACCUGUAGCAUACCACCUUUUCUAAACUGCUACAAGUUUAUAAUCUUCAUUUUAAAAGUACGUAUAAUUUUUAAAAAUAUGUAUUCUAUUCAUGUGGUCUGCUUGUCAGUGAGACAGACUUUUGCUUACUAUGUUCCUUUAUAACAAUGCUAGCCACUUCCUCGAUUCUUUGGGAGUCUGCUCUACGCAAGAACUGUCAGUGUCGGUGAAAGAGGGCUGCCUGUCUGGGUCCUAAAUGCAGCUGCCCUGGGUGGGAGCAGUUCAGAGACAGCGACAGUAGUGGGGGGUAAGCGGGGCUAGCAGAUACGAGGGAGAAUCCGGAGUGCUUCCAACAGGAGUGCCUUGAGAAUUUCUCUCCAGAGCUCGAAGAAACAAGCAAACUAAAAAUGGCAAUUUCCUUUGCAGUUUUAUACACCCCGGGAGCUGCUUUGAGAGUAAGAAAGGCAACCCUCAAAUGUGUUUCGACUUGAAAAUGUUGAAUUCCUUUCAGACAUGUGGCAUCUCAUUUAUUCUCUUUUUUCCCCCCAAUGUUUGUUAGAUUUCAGGCAGAAUGUCUUACAAAAUGUCCUAGAACCAGAUUAUGACUUAAUCUAAAACAGCUGAGGGAGGACAGAGGCGGCAUGAGAGCAGGGCAACCACAGAGCAGAUCGGCAAAGUGGAGGGGGAGGGUGCUUUGAAUUUUUUUUUUUUUUUUUAAACUCAAACAGCAUCUACGUGUCGAGCAUUGUGGAGAACUGAGAUCAGAGCAAAGUCAAGCGCCAGCAUCCGUCCCAGGAGGGGGUCAGGCAAGAAUGGAAUAGUUAGGCCUGUCCAGCAUCAUGGCAGCCCCAGUCACACCCUUGGUCACCUUCAGCUGGCCACCCACCCAGAGGCCAGGCUCCCUUAGACUAGCUGGGUUCCAAGGCGGUCAGACUGGGCAGAGGUGUGACCUCAGCCUUCUGUCUCUCAUAUUGAGACCCUGCUUUCAGAAAGGGCCAGCUGUUGGCGCCCAUGUGGAGUUGAGUGUCAUGGUCCCUCGCAGUAAGCUUCCUGAUCUGGAGCAUCCCAGUGGAAUAUUUAGGAGCCUCCGGGGGCUCGACAGCUGGAAUUCUGCAUCCUGAGAGCUAUCUGAGGCUACCCUCAGCCUCUAAAUAAGCUGCGCUAGGGAGCCUUCCACUUUUUCACGGGAAAUUAGGAAAAUAACCAAUGUUGAAAACACGACAUGCACUCUGGGGCCCUGUUGUUCUCUUCUGGGCUCCAGGACCGGAUCCCUUUUACCGAAGUUAGAAAAGAGCUGUAUCCCGAGCCUUCACUGUCCCUGUGUGAGGACUGACCUCCAGGUGCAGUGUGCCCCGUUAACUGGGCAUGAAUCUGAGGUCAGUUUCCUUUAUCGUUUCUUCCACAAUAUGAUGAUUGCUAAAACACAUGUUUUGAAAAAUUUCAGAAGUCUGUCUUUCCUGUUAACGGGAGGAUCAUGCACACACGUAGUCCAAGGUUGACUGUGUGCGUGUGUUUGGUGUUGAGUUUUGGAAUUACGUGUGUGUCACUCCCCCACCCUGAGGAGAGGACCUCAUGGCCCACUGCUCAGGACAGGUAUGCCCGAUCUCAGGGUGACAUUUCAGGUGGCUUCUGAACUUACGAUAGGGACAGACUUCACCCCUCCCUGAAGAACCCCACUUAAAGAAUAAGGAACACUUGAAUCUCUUGGAAGGAGUAAAGCAGUCAGACAGCCAGUCCCAUGUUUUUGCUGAUGCCACGGGCUGGCGGGGGAAAUAAAAAUGUUACCCUUUCUCUCUAAAAGGAGAAACAAAACCCUGACAGCUCUGAACUCUGAUUUCCCUUUUCCUGCUGUAUUUGGGAACAUUGUGUGAUUAGGCAUAAUGUUUUUUUUAAAAAAAUUAAGCAAAUUUUUUUUUAGAAAUACAGUCUCUGGCAAAGAGGUACAAGAAAGCCAGCCUCUCCUGGAGACUGGGGGAACAGGGCCUGAGGAGGGGAAAAUGAAGUCCUUGUGAAAUCAUGUCUGUCAAGAUCUGAAAGCAGAUGCCCAAGGAACUGAAAAGAGUGGAUUGUAUCUGAUCUAAAUCUUUUGUGGGUAACAUUUUAUGCAGGUUGAAUGAAUGAACUAUUUUCCUCUUGUUUAGUUUUAUUUCUAUGUAUUUUUCUUUGGUGAAUGAUUGGUUCCGAGCCCUCUGCCACACUCCAGAAAUACUUGUGCGGCUGCUUUAAAAAACUGUCUGUCUGGUCACUUACUUCUCUAAAAUUACUUCAUUGCCUGGCAAUCAGUCUUCUCUCGUAUACUUGUCCUAGCACAUGAUGUACACGGGAAAUGUAAACAGAUGUGAAAGAGGACCAGAAAAAUUAGUUAAUAUUAAAAAGAAAUGUAUUGUGCAUUUUGGCUUCACAUGUUUAACUUUUUUUAAGAAAAAAAGUUGCAUGAAUGGGAAAAAAAAGUCUGUAUACAGUAUCUGUAAUACAAACUGUCUUAUCUGUUUCAGUUUCUUGCUCAUGCCCCAUACAAACUAGAAUGAAAUAUGGUGCAUGGCCAUAUUCAGACACCUAAAGUCAAGCAGCUGAUACUUAGGUUUGAAGCACCUCAUCCUUUCUUUCAAAGCGAACACUAUCAUAUUGAGUUCUUACUGAGGAUUUUGUCUAACCGUAUGUUGCCAUGGGUUAACUCUACCAGCUUUCUUCUCAAGAAUCAAAACCAGUUUGAUUUGGGACUCUUCCCCUUUCCAAAUGAAAUAGAGAUACAGUACUUACUUCCCUUGAUGUUUGUAGAUAAUUGCUUUGUGUAUUCCAUUUAAAACUGUAAUCUAGUUUGUAAAAGAGAUGGUGACGCAUGUAAAUAAAGCAUCAAUGACACUCUA